AUGGUGCAAACCCAACAUGAUGUCAAAAUUGCAGUGAUUGGCGGCUCCGGUCUGUACAAUCUCGAAAACUUGGAAUUCGUCGAUGAAGUGAAUCCCGAAACUCCUUGGGGUUUCCCCAGUGACAAGAUCACCAUUGCCAAGUUACCGAGCGGUACCAAGAUCGCUUUCUUGGCUCGCCAUGGUCGUGGUCACUACUUGACUCCCACCGAGGUACCUGUCCGUGCCAAUAUUGCUGCCCUGAAACAUUUGGGUGUGGAAGCCAUUCUUGCCUUCUCAGCCGUCGGUUCGUUGCGUGAAGAGAUUCCUCCUUGCGACUUUGUCUUGCCCGAUCAACUCAUUGACCGCACACGUGGUCUUCGUCCGUCGACCUACUUUGGUGAAGGUUUAGUGGCUCAUGCCAACUUUGCCGAUCCUUUCCAUGCCGGUAUUGCCGAUAUUGUGUAUGAACAGCGUGAUCAGUUGGAUUUUGGCGCCAAGUUGCACCGUGGCAAGACCGCCGUCUGUAUGGAAGGUCCUGCUUUCUCCACCCGUGCCGAAUCUCACAUGUACCGUUCUUGGGGUGCCGAUAUCAUCAACAUGUCUGCUUUGCCCGAAGCCAAGUUGGCCCGUGAAGCUGAAAUUGCUUACCAAAUGGUCUGUAUGUCGACCGAUUACGAUUGUUGGCGCGUGGAGGAAGAAUCCGUCACGGUGGAAACCGUUAUGCAGAACAUGGUGAACAACGGUGCCAAUGCCAAGAAGUUAUUGUUGGCUGUCCUUCCUCAUCUUGAUCAAGCUGUCCGUGCUAGCACCUUGUUGCCCGAUUUGAAGGGUUCCAUGAAGUUCUCUGGCAUGACCGCCAAGGAAAAGAGAAACCCUGAAACCGUUCAGAAGCUCGAAUACAUCUUGCCCGGUUACUAUUCAUAA